GAGUGAAACGGACACCCUGUUACAUCAUCAGACAGCGCCAAUGUUGUGCCAACACAAACAGAAACGAGACUGGUGGAGAAGUUUGGGGCAGAGCUUUCUCUGUGGAGUACGAUUUUGAAGAAAAAAAGCUGUUAACUCAAGAGAAGUGAGGUAUUCUCAUUGUUCUUGAGUUGGUUUUGUUUUUCCUCGUCUCAGCCGGAACCUUAGACGGUGAGUAACACUCAGAUAUUAACGCUCUCCGUUGCUAGGAUUAGCAUUUCAUGUUUUAAUCGGAGAUUAUAUUCCAAAUGCGGGUAUUUAAAAUACGAAUUGUGAGAAAUGAGAAUUAAUAAGUCCAAUAAUGUGAAAGCUAAAAUUAAUACACCGUCAUCAUCGGUGUUAGCUGUUUAUAAGGAUCUUACAUAAUGCUAACCCAGCUACAAGAGCUGAACUUCGCCCGAGAGGAAAUCCACAUGUAGCUGUGUUUGUGUGUUUUUAUUCUGAAUCACAGAGGAUUUUUUGUAAGAUUUAGAGGAGUCACUGCUGUGUAAAUUCUGUUCAGGCCCAUCUGUGAUCAGCUGUUAGAGGAGUUUGAGGGUUUAAGGUUGUUAUUGCUUAAGGGCGUGAGAGCAGAGAGUCCAGAUCAGCUGAAGUGAAACCACAGCAUAAGCACAAAUAUGAGCGUGAUAAUAUAAGUAUAUGGACUAGUAGGGUGUGGGACAGUGUCAUUGGUUACUGUGGUUAGGCUGAGACAGGAGACUUAUCUACAAGAAUCACUCUGUAUAAUAGGGGAGAGUGGGGUAAGUUGAGCCACCUCCUGUUGAGAGAAAUUGAUCACGUGACCAAAUAUUUAGAAGAUGGGCAUCAAUUCGUGGAGUCUGUGAAGGUUAGAAGUACUAGCUGUGUAGUACAUGAGACAACAAUCUACCGCUGUCUUCAUAUGUCUGGGCUAUGGGGUAGGGUGGCAAGAUGGAAGCCUUAUCUUACAAAGAAUAACAUCAAAGCCUGGCUUAAUUUUGCAAAGACAUCUGAAAUCUCCCAAAUACAUAUGGGAAAAUGUGUUAUGGUCUGAUGAAACCAAAGUUUAACUUUUAAGACAUCAUUGCAAAAGGUAUAUUUGGCGCAAAAUCAACACUGCUCAUCACCAAAAGAACACUUACCCACAGUGACGCAUAGUCGUGGCAGCAUCAUGCUUUGGGGCUGUUUUUUUUCAUUAGCUGGAACUGGUGCCUUAGUCAGGGUGGAGGGAAUUAUGAACAGUUCUAAAUACCUUUCAGUGUUGGCACAAAACCUGCGGCCUUGUGCUAGAAAGCUGAAGAUGAAGAGGAACUUCAUCUUUCAGCACGACAAUGACCCAAAGCACACAUCUAAAUCAACAAAAGAAUGGCUUCACCGGAAUAAGAUUGAGACUUUGGAACGACACAAAGUAUUUUAAUGCUUUUCGGCUGCUUUAAUUCAUUUCCUUCAUGUUUCAGUUUGAGAAAACCUCGUGUUUAAAGUUAGUUAACCAGAAUGAAACAAAGUUGUCCCACAAAACAAGCACAGAACUUGAGGGUACAGACCCCGAUGCUUUUAAAUCACUCCUAAAAACACACCUUUUUAAAUUGGCUUUUAACCUGUGAACUGUUCUUUUAUUGGCUUUUCAUUUUGUGUCUUUUUUAACCUUCUACACUUUUAGUCUUAUUACUCAAAAUUUUCUGUUUUAAAUUUUUUUUUUCUUUGUAAAGCAUCUUUGAGCACCUGUAGAAGCGUGUUAUAAAUAAAAUGUAUUAUUAUUAUUAUUAUUAAAACUUGUUUAGGCUGCACAGAGAACAGGGUUAGACAUUGUCCUACAUCUCUGGGUCAAUUUGGCCUUAUUUUUUUAACAUUUAGACUGUUUUUAAAACCUGCAUUUGUAACACUUCGACUAAAUUACAGCUUCUACAACUUAAAAGGUAUCUUUAAUUUCAAAACAAGAAUUAAAGGAGAAGAAAAGGCGAUAUUGUGCUGAGAGACACACAAAAACAACUUUCUGUCGACUGCUUGCUCCCCCAGGUUCUGCUGAGCUGAAUGAGGUACAGCUUUCUGUCAGUGCUGUUUCAGAAGUGCUGCUGCUGCCAGGAUGGGCCAGCAGCUCUCAGGUCAGGCGAUGACCCGUCUGCCUGAGAAGCUGGUGAAACAUGCAGGGCUGGUACGGGACAGCGGCUACCUGACCUAUGAAGAGUUUUUGGCAAGAGUGGCUGAACUCAAUGACGUGUAAGUUCCAGUCUGUAAAGGGCACAUACUGCAACUGUUGAAACACAACAGGGGGUAAUUGUUAAACUCCUCUGUCACAUGAAUGAAAUGUGGCACUACAGGUAUGGAUGUGAUCUAAAAUUGUUUACUUAAAGCAGCAUCGUGUUUGUGUUUGAUAAGAGCAGAGUAUCAUCUAAAAACAGACACCAGUACUCCAGCACACUGUUUUUGUUUACAACUUAAUUUGAUUCCCAUCAUGUGAAUCAAGCUCUUUAUUCAUGCAAUACCUAACCAUCAAUACUCACCAGCGUCCACUUUUUAAAGCACUUGAAGGGGAAGUGCACGUCAGCAUUUGCACACCUCAGACUCUCAUCCUUGUCUAUCAGUAUCAGAACAUAAAAUGUAUUUUUCCUUGUAUUUUAUGGCAUGUGCAGUUUUCAUAAUUUCUUGGGUUUACUGCUCUAGCAAACAGCAGUAGAACUGAACUCAGGCUGUUUGAUUGAGAUGAACAUGUCCUCUCUCCUCUGUUGGAUCUCUCUCAGUACUGCCAAGCUGGCGGCUGGGCAGCAGAAGCACCUGCUGUUUGAGGUGGAGCCAGGAUCCGAUGCCACAGCACUGUGGAAAGUGGCCGUCAGAGUCCUUUGUACCAAGGUGAGCAAAGAAACUUUGGCGCACACAUCACAGGCCAACACUGGGAUCAGCUCACACAUUUGAUCUUAUAUAAGUAAGAGUAAAAGAGAGGGAGUCCUGUAGAGGAACAUAACAGACUGUUUGGUUCAUGUUUGAAUGUGCAGUAGCUCUGUAAUGAGAUAACUUUGAGGAUGAAGCAAAUAGAUUGUUGUACAGUAGGGGUGCGCCAAAAAAAAAAAAAGCUCCGAGCAGGCAAAAAAAAUAACCUGGUCUAUCGCCUGCUUCAUUGCCAAAGACCUACGGCCUUACAGUGUGGUGGAGAAUAAGGGGUUUAUCUGCAUGAUAUCUGCGUAGAUAAAUGCUUAAAGCUUAAUAAAUGUGAAAAAGACACUUUAAUGUCUUCAUACAGCAGAUGGGAGUAGAUCGUGAUCAGAAAUAAGGUCAGAAAUCAUUAUGAAUAAAAUCGUUGUGAAUCGAAAAUUGAUUUUUGAAUCAAAUCGUGGCUCCAAAAAUCGAAAUUGAAUCGAAUCGUGAGACAGUAAAAGAUUCCCACCCCCUAUUGUACUGACCAUUUUGUGUUGGCAUUGUGCGUUUGGUAUACUUGAUUAAUUAAAAAUGUAAGAUAACCUUAAACUGUACUCCUGCUGUCCUUUACCAGAAGUGAAGAUAAUUUCCUCUGCACGUUAGAGUACUGCUAAGUUAUUCAAAUAUAUUACAGCUAGGAAUAUGAGAGUUAGCAUCUAAGCAAACACUGCUAAAUAAAAAAAACAAACUCUGAUUGGCUCCUUGAGGUGUAAACAUCACAUCUGCAACAAUAUUUUGUUUUAUUUGGAUGUUACUGUCUCCUGUUAAAUCUGGAACAACUUUAGAAACAAACUAGCUAGUGUUAUUGUUUUACUGUGGACUAGAUACAACUUACCAAAGACCUCUAAAAAGUCUUGACUUUGUUGAAAGCUCUUCUCCUGUGUCAGUGACACCAUUGUUGUCAAGUUUAUUUUUAUAUUGCCUGAGCUAUCUCCUGUGUAUAACCUGAAAGGCUUUACAGAGAAAUACAGCAAUAAACCUAGCAUGUGAGUGCACAUGUAAGCUAUAAAUAUGACUCAAAGCCUCAAGCCCUGUCAGUAUGUGUAAAAAUAAACAGCACUGUCUGAAAGUUUCUCUCUGUUCUGACAAAUGAGACACUGUUUUUCUGCACUAAAGCUUGAAGUUACUGUCCGAAUAGUUAUUACAAAGAUGUUGUUAAUCCUCUAUCAUUCAACCAAACCAUAUUUUCACAAAAUGUACACUAUUCUUCAACACUUAUUGUACCUGUGUGUCAUGUAAGUGGUGUGGUGGCCUCUGCUUUCUCACAGAUUAAUAAGGAGAAUGGUAUGGUGGAAGCGUCUCGCAUCAUGAACCUGUACCAGUUCAUCCAGCUGUACCGAGACAUCACCAGUCAGGCUGCUGAGGUGCUGUCUGCAGAGGGCGCCACUGAGGGCCCGUCUGCCCAGCUCCCCUCCACAGAGUCCUGUCAGGCCAGCAUGUGGAUGGGCAGGUAGGUGCUCACAGUGUGUGGGGAAAGAAACAGCGAGUGAACAUAGUGCAGCAAUAAUCAGUUACAGAGUAAGAUAUUUGAUAAGUACAUUUAUGCCACACUUUCUUACAAGUGAAAGCUAGAGUUGUUCUAGCCCUGUUUGCUAAAUUUGUAACCAAGAAGCUGUUUCAUAAUACGACUCUUCUCUUUAUCUCCAGCCAGCACAUUUGUAAGCUUUACCACAUAGGAAGUGUUUCUUAAUGCUGCUGAAAUGAUAGAUUUUGCAGCUUAUUUUGCAAUAGGAUGACUUAUUCUCCUGAAUGAAUUCCCAUCACAGGAGGUGCUCGAGCUGGCAAAGGGGAUGAUUUUAAUUUUCAUCCAUUUUUUAGUGCUGAGUGGGUUUUUUUUUUUUUCGCUUUCUUUGAGGCAGAAGCUCCAAAGUCAUCAAUUCAAAGUAAGACUUUUGGAGGUAAGAGGUGCUGGCCUCCACAGAAAAUAAUUAAAAGUGUGUCUGUUUCCUUGCAGAGUGAAGCAGCUGACCGACAAGGAGGAGUGCUGUAUCUGCAUGGACGGAAAAGCUGACCUUAUUCUUCCCUGUGCACACAGCUUCUGUCAGAAAUGCAUUGAUAAAUGGUAACGUGACAGGCAAAGCUUGAAUUCAUUUAAAUCUUUAAGGAUGCAGGUGAAAGUUUAUGCCUUGUAAGAGUAUGAACAAACAGCAUCAGCUUUUAUGUCACGCUCUUGUUCUCCCCUCUGCAGGAGCGGGCACAGCCGAAACUGCCCGAUGUGUCGCCUGCAAGUGACCGCUGCCAAUGAGUCGUGGGUAAUGCCGGAUUUUCCGACAGAGGACGACAUGGCUGGAUACAUCCUUAACUUGGCUGACGAGGCAGGCCACCCACACAGGCCUUAACACACAUUACACUGAGCGAAUUAUAAAAUAACCACGUCGAAGAGACUUUACAUGUUGUAACGUAAAAUGUCACUUUCACUGAGGAGGAGAUUGAUCGUGUUUUCCAGAAAAAGCUAAGAGGAAGCUGGGUUUGCAGCUUCAACCCUAGGAUAACCUUUGUAACCCAAGUACUGUAGAUGUUCGGCUUUUUGGAACAGUGUCAGUGUCUGAGUUAAGAACUAAGUAUUUUUUGAUCUAUUAAAAUGAAUAAUAUCCUGCUAUUUUAACACACAGACACAACAAAAGUCUUUGUGUUUUGGGUUUUCUAAUCCAACAAAGAAGAGGAAGACUUUUGCUGGCACUUAAAAGCUGGAAGUUUAAAUUUCCUUUCUUUUUAGUAUGAGAGGAAACAUGAGCUCAGGCACAGUGGCUAAAGUUAGCUGAUGAUUCGCUCAGGUUAGCACAAAAAGUAGAAAUACUUGCUCUGACUUUGUUGUAAGAUGAUAAAGUUACCCUACCAGCACCUCUAAACCUCAUAGUUUAACAAGUUCUGUCUUUUCUGAUUACCUGAACCAGAACUGAAAUGCACAAACAGACAAAUGUACAAAUGAGAGUGACUUAUUUUCUAACUGUUGACACAAAUUUAAACCGGACUAACUGAGGAGAGUAAAAUAGGGGGUUAAAAUUGAGCCAAAUUUCUUUGACAAAGCUAAACACAGGUUCAUGAAGAGUAGCUGAAUAACACGUAUAAUUGAUAAGCUGAUGAGGUGCUGAUAGAUGAUGGGUUUUGUUAUUUAUAGAUGUGGCAACAGUAGCUGCUUCCCCCGUUUCUAGUCUUUGUGCUAAGCUAAGCUAACCACCUGCAGACUGUAGUCAUAUGUUAAACAGUCUGAAUAGUCUAACCCUUGUACUUCAUUCACACAGUUUCUGGUCAACCUGUUAACCAAAUUCCCCCCUUAUAGUAAAUCUGUUUCAUUUCUCUCUAAUAAUCUAACACUGCAUGUUAAUAUCCCACGUGACAUGCCUCACGAGCCGGGUUUGUGUUAACGGGAGAUUGACUGACAUCCUGAUCCGCUGCAGAUCCUGACACAGUGACUGAUAGUUUAAGGAUGGACAGGACUGAAUAGCUUUAUAUAAUUUAAACUGGCUUGCUAUGGUGUCUUCUUUACUGUUGGGAAUAACCACUUUUCGUUUUCCAUGCAGUUUUCCUCUUUUAUUCAUGUGUAUAUUUUUAGUUUGAUCAGAACUUUAUUGAGGUUAUUCUUAUCUCAUUGCUGUCUAAGUACUGUAGUCUACAGUCACAGAAAAUCCACUCUUAUCUUUGCUUUCUUUGCAUUGGAACGCCUAAAAUGUGAUGGAUAUAUUGAGAUAGGCAGCUUUUGUUUACAAAUGAAGUCUUGUAGGAUUUAAAACCACAGAAAUAUUUUAUUUUUAUUAUGUAUUUCAGAGCUGUUUUGCAGAUCACACUCACCAUGAGCAGCACUUUUCUUUAUUUUCAAAAAUGGGAUUGUUGUGAUUUAUGUUGUGUUCAUAAAGUUUAGUCUGAAAGUUUAUCAGAGUGAAAAACUUCAACAUUAGUGGAAUCUGAUGCUCUACCUAGAGCUGUUACAUUAUGGUAAAAUUAAUGUAGCAUUUCUUAAGAGUAAGUCAGGUUUAUUAGUACAUAUUCACAGAUACAUGACUGUCACUCCUAAAUUAUACAAGUCCAAAGUCAUUCACCUUUUUAUUCUUAUGAAGGUAUUUUAUUUCUGUGUAACCAAUACAGCAUAAAAAUGUGAGACACAGUUUGACCAAAAGGACUUUUUAGUCAUAAAUGCUGACAGAUCACACUUUGAUUUCUGUAUUUUCUUUUCCUGGUGUUUGUACUUAAUAACAGCAGAUAAUCUUUUUUAUUUUACAAUUAAUAUAAGAUAAUACAGCUAUUUCUUUACAGCAAUUAAAGUCAGAGAAAAAGUCUGAUUUGUGGCUGCAUUACUGCGUGGCUCAUGUAAAAGUAUUGUAAAGUGUAAUAUUAAUAAUUAAAGACAUAUGUUUAAUUUGGUUCAAAGGCCCUUCAUUAUUGGUUGUGUUAAAGCUUCUGAACCUACAUGGACACAUACUGUAUGCACAUUUGCUGAAUGGUAGGAACUGUAUCUAAAAUAAAUCGAUUCUUUCACGUAAUGUCCUUAAUAAACUUUUUGCACUUUAUGACUUUGCAUUAUGUUUGAUUGAAAAAAGGUUCAAAUCAAA